AUGGCAGCCCAAAUCAACGAGGAAGAGAACAAGACGGAGAAGAUGACGGUCUUCGUCACCCUCCCUAGGCCCCGCGACGCGCACCCGAACUACCGUGCCCCCGUCGCCCUAAAGGUCGUCGCCUUAGAGGUCUGUAGGGAUGACACGGUGGCGACCGUCAAGGCGAGGCUCCACCGCAUGGAGCGGAUCCCUCCGCUCCGGCAGCGCCUCCUGUUCGCCUGCUCGGCCCUGCCAGACGACGAUGGCACGACGCUGGCCGAGCACGGCGUCACCGACUCGUCCACCAUCCAGCUCGUGGAGACCAGGAUGCAGCUGUUCGUGCGCUGCACGCACAGGCCGAACGUCGUGACCGUCACCGUUUCCGACGUCGAGAGCAGCGACACCGUGGAGAGCCUCCGGGUCAGGAUGCAGAGGAGGGAGGGCGUCGGGCUCCGGCCAGCGAAGCAGCGGCUCAUCUGGAACGGAAAGCAGAUGGAGGAUGGCCACACGCUCGCUGACUAUGGCGUCCGGGACAGCACACCGAUGGACCUUCUAUUGCGCUGGCCCGUUCGUAUGCGAACAAGGGUUGUCGAGCUGGACAUCGAGGCUACGGCCACAGCGGGCAAGAUUAAGGAGCUAGUGGAGAAGGCGGAGGGGGUCCCGGUGGCCUGCCAAAGCGUCUCCUACCGUGCCAAGGAGCUCGACGACCAUGACACGUUGGCUGACUACACGUGGGUAGAAAUUGUGUGUGGACGACACGAGACGGGCGGCGCCACCAACAAGACGCCGCCUCCUCCAAAGAAAAAGAUCAAGACAUUGGUGGAGAUCCCAGCCGUGCAGCUGAGGCGCAUCAGUGCCAUUCUGAGGGGGCCAGAGCUAGCGGCGAUCUACCCUUCUUCUUGUGACAUGGACCCUGCAUCUUAA